CCCCCCCCCCCCCCCCCCCCCCCCCCCCCCCCCCCCCCCCCCCCCCCCCCCCCCCCCCCCCCCCCCCCCCCCCCCCCCCCCCCCCCCCCCCCCCCCCCCCCCCCCCCCCCCCCCCCCCCCCCCCCCCCCCCCCCCCCCCCCCCCCCCCCCCCCCCCCCCCCCCCCCCCCCCCCCCCCCCCCCCCCCCCCCCCCCCCCCCCCCCCCCCCCCCCCCCCCCCCCCCCCCCCCCCCCCCCCCCCCCCCCCCCCCCCCCCCCCCCCCCCCCCCCCCCCCCCCCCCCCCCCCCCCCCCCCCCCCCCCCCCCCCCCCCCCCCCCCCCCCCCCCCCCCCCCCCCCCCCCCCCCCCCCCCCCCCCCCCCCCCCCCCCCCCCCCCCCCCCCCCCCCCCCCCCCCCCCCCCCCCCCCCCCCCCCCCCCCCCCCCCCCCCCCCCCCCCCCCCCCCCCCCCCCCCCCCCCCCCCCCCCCCCCCCCCCCCCCCCCCCCCCCCCCCCCCCCCCCCCCCCCCCCCCCACCCCCCCCCCCCCCCCCCCCCCCCCCCCCCCCCCCCCCCCCCCCCCCCCCCCCCCACCCCCCCCCCCCCCCCCCCCCCCCCCCCCCCCCCCCCCCCCCCCCCCCCCCCCCCCCCCCCCCCCCCCCCCCCCCCCCCCCCCCCCCCCCCCCCCCCCCCCCCCCCCCCCCCCCCCCCCCCCCCCCCCCCCCCCCCCCCCCCCCCCCCCCCCCCCCCCCCCCCCCCCCCCCCCCCCCCCCCCCCCCCCCCCCCCCCCCCCCCCCCCCCCCCCCCCCCCCCCCCCCCCCCCCCCCCCCCCCCCCCCCCCCCCCCCCCCCCCCCCCCCCCCCCCCCCCCCCCCCCCCCCCCCCCCCCCCCCCCCCCCCCCCCCCCCCCCCCCCCCCCCCCCCCCCCCCCCCCCCCCCCCCCCCCCCCCCCCCCCCCCCCCCCCCCCCCCCCCCCCCCCCCCCCCCCCCCCCCCCCCCCCCCCCCCCCCCCCCCCCCCCCCCCCCCCCCACCCCCCCCCCCCCCCCCCCCCCCCCCCCCCCCCCCCCCCCCCCCCCCCCCCCCCCCCCCCCCCCCCCCCCCCCCCCCCCCCCCCCCCCCCCCCCCCCCCCCCCCCCCCCCCCCCCCCCCCCCCCCCCCCCCCCCCCCCCCCCCCCCCCCCCCCCCCCCCCCCCCCCCCCCCCCCCCCCCCCCCCCCCCCCCCCCCCCCCCCCCCCCCCCCCCCCCCCCCCCCCCCCCCCCCCCCCCCCCCCCCCCCCCCCCCCCCCCCCCCCCCCCCCCCCCCCCCCCCCCCCCCCCCCCCCCCCCCCCCCCCCCCCCCCCCCCCCCCCCCCCCCCCCCCCCCCCCCCCCCCCCCCCCCCCCCACCCCCCCCCCCCCCCCCCCCCCCCCCCCCCCCCCACCCCCCCCCCCCCCCCCCCCCCCCCCCCCCCCCCCCCCCCCCCCCCCCCCCCCCCCCCCCCCCCCCCCCCCCCCCCCCCCCCCCCCCCCCCCCCCCCCCCCCCAAAGCGGCUAACGGAAUAACCCGGAAACAACCGAUUGACAUCUGGUCUGAACGCAGAUUUCCAGCAUCCGCGGUAGUUUGCUUUUGUUUCCAUUUCCCCAAUGUCCUGGUGGGAUUUGAGCUCCCAUUCUCUGGAUUAUUAGCCAGACCUCAUGGAUUACCAGUUUACUACUAUACCAACUACACUACUAGCCAGAACACAGCAGCUCAGCAGCACAAUCACAAGCCAGAGGAGAUCACUGAGUCAGACAAGACUACAGGUCCCCUUGUUAAAGGCAGGCGCCACUCGAAUUCAGGCAGGAUCACCCUGUGUACCCAUGGCAGCGAAAGUGCAGCUUCGAGUGAAUGA